AUGGCCCGGUCCCAGCUCUGGGUUGCUCUUGUGGCCCUGAGUCUGGUCACGGGCAUACACGCCCAAAGCGGCUGGUAUUUGGCCACAAACGGCACGUCUUGUACCGCUCACUGCGCCAGCGUAGGCUCUGGCUUGACGUGCCAGGCCAGUCCCAUGGCUGACGUCGAUUCUUCCACCCGGGCUCAGUACGUUUUUGAGACGGAGCUUGGUGUCUCCUGCUCGGGCAUCUCGCAAAGCGGCAGUGGCAACAGUCCCUUCGUGCUGGGGGGCUGCACCUACCGCCCCCCCGACCAACCGGUUUCGUGCAAUAAUGUCCCAGUCAACGGAGCUAUCCAACGUGUCUGUUGCUGUGCCACCUCGCCUGCGGCCUGUCCCCUGGAACCCCCUUCCACGUCAAGCACGUCGAGCACCUCCAGCACCUCGAGCACCAGCACCACCUCCAGCACCUCGAGCACUUCGAGCACUUCGAUCACUUCAAGCACCAGUUCCACGACGAGUACCUCGAGCACCAGCUCGACCAGCUCGACCAGCUCCACCUCGAGCUCGAGCUCUACUUCCUCGACCAGCUCGACCAGCUCCACCUCGAGCUCGAGUUCCACGUCCUCGACCAGCUCGACCAGCUCGACCAGCUCGACCAGCUCGACCUCGAGCUCGAGUUCCACGUCAUCGACCAGCUCGACCAGCUCGACCAGCUCGACCUCGAGCUCGAGCUCUACUUCUUCGACUAGCUCGACCAGCUCGACCUCGAGCUCGAGCUCUACUUCUUCGACUAGCUCGACCAGCUCCACCUCGAGCUCGAGUUCCACGUCCUCGACUAGCUCGACCAGCUCGACCAGCUCGACCAGCUCAACAAGCUCCACUUCCUCGACCAGCUCGACCAGCUCGACCAGCUCAACAAGCUCCACUUCCUCGACCAGCUCGACCAGCUCGACCAGCUCCACCUCGAGCACGAGCUCUACUUCUUCGACCAGCUCGACCUCGUCCACUUCAAGCUCAAGCUCCACGUCCUCGACUAGCUCGACCAGCUCGACCAGCUCGACCUCGUCCACCUCAACCACCAGCUCAACCAGUUCAACAAGCUCCACUUCCUCCACGUCCUCCACAAGUUCAACCAGUACAACAACCUCCGCGCCUCCUUGUUUUCUUGUGCCCAAUGGCGACUUUGAGGCGCAGAGCUUCUCCACCGCCUCCGCCUUUAUGGAUGCUGGCAGUGCUCCUUGGGUCCCAGAGGGAGGUCUUCUGCUGCGAAACGAGAGUGACGCCGCUCCCAAUGGACCCACUGUCGUCAAUUACAUUCCCGGCUUUGCCAGCAAUCACAUGACCCAAGCGCUGGACAUUUCUUUUGCUGAAGACUUCUCCUACAUCAUCACCGCGGCCUUCAAACGCACUGGCGUCGAUGCCAGCCCCGCGACCUUGACCGUCGGUUGGUACGACUUGAACACGGAUGCAUACUGGCCUGGUGCCAUCGUUCUCGGCAACGCCGAUCUGCCCGAAGAUGAAAGCUACGCCGAAGCUUCCGCUGCCUUCCACCUCAGUGCUUUUGAGACGGCCACGGCUGCAGCGGCUGGCACACAGGCCACGCUGCGGUUCUCUUAUGAUGGAUCAGGCAGCGCCCCAGCCGUGGAUAACGUUGUCGUCUGUGUUAACCCAUUUGUUCUCUCCAGUACCAGCACCAGUACCUCCAUGUCUUCCACCUCCACCUCCACUUCCACCAGCACCUCCACCUCCACCUCCACUUCCACCAGCACUUCCACCAGUACCUUUACCUCCACAUCCACCUUCACCAGCAGCUCUACCAGCACCUAUACGUCCACCUCCACGAGCUCUUCAGAAACCGAUAUAUGUGGUCAUUUGCAGGAUGGCUCGUUCAGCUUUAUUGAUCAGGCACCGGAUGCGGAAGGUCGCGCUCCCGUGGGCCCUGCCUGGACAGUGGCCGCUCCAGGCCAGGAGCCACCCUUUGUGCUUGUCAACUCAUCUGCCCUGCCUCCCACUCAUGUCCUGCAAGGCAUGCCCAGUACACGCAUCAGCCAGCAGUCUUUGGUCCGCUUCGAGCUAGCCACCACCUACAGCCUGUCUUUUCGGGCUCGCACACAGAACACUAGCUUGCCGCCCACCCUUUUCGUCUUUAUCCGAGCCUUGAACACGUCACAAAUUGCUCUUAUGCGAUCGUUUGCAGCGAAUCAGUUUGACGGCAUUUGGCGUGACUAUCAAGUGAUUUAUGAACUCUCCUCAGAUACCUCCUUUGUGGGGGAGCUGCUUGCCGUUGAGUUUUCCUUUGGCGGCUAUGUUCAGCUGGAUGACAUCAUCCUCUGUGCCACCCCUCUCACGAGCAGUAGCACCAGCACCAGUACCAGCAGUUCCUCCACUCAGUCAUCGACUUCCACUUCGACCUCGACCUCCACUUCGACCUCGACAUCCACAUCCAGCUCGACGUCCACCUCGAGCUCCACUUCCACCUCAAGCUCCAGCUCCAGCUCCAGCUCCACAUCUACCUCCACCUCAUCCAGCACGUCUACUUCCUCCUCCACUAGCAACAUCGAUCCGCUGGUCCAAACUCCAGACGGCUGGUUCCAGUUUUUUCGCGUCGAGUAUUCGGUGACCUUUCAACGCGGUUCACAACUUCCCUUUGAUCAAGCUCAGACCGCCUGUGCGCAAAAUGGUGCUUAUUUGGCAUCACCCUCAACCGAGCUCGAGUGGUCUCGCAUCUACAACAUUAUUCUUGAGCACACUAUGAUUGCGGCUCCCGAUGAGGAUGGCUUUGUGCGAUUCGCGACCAUCCCUGCGUCCAAGUUUCUCUUGGCGUCAGAUCAGUCGGGAAGCGCAUCAGUUGGGCGCGCCUAUUGCCAGAUGCUUGGCGGUGAUCUGGCUUCAAUCCAGUCCACCGAGGAGAUGCGCGUUUUGCUCAAUUACUUCACCCAAGACGAUGCAAGCACCGCGGCAAUCGAGCCCCUCGUGAAUCAAGUGCACCUGGGGUUGCGCUACGUGGACAACACAGCGCAAUUGGUAAAUGUGGACGAUCGUCCCCUUCCCAACGGCGGCGCUGCUCUCGUGGCCGAGUACCAGAACACAGCGCCCAAGCGGAACGAGCCCUGCGUUGCCCUCAACCUCAACAACGAUCGCACUGGCACUUUCGAGUCAAUCCGUUGUGCUGCGACGCGCAGUCCACUUUGCCGGGUCUACACAUUCACCACCUCGACCAGCACAAGCUCAAGUACCAGCACAAGCACGUCGACGAGCACAAGGACGAUGAGUAGCACCUCGACCAGUACCUCGACCAGCACCUCCACAAGCACGAGCACGAGUUCUUCGACGAGUUCAAUGACCUCGACUUCCACCUCGACUUCAACUUCAUCCUCGUCAACCGACACGCGUUCCUCAACGUCCACAUCCACGUCCACAUCCACCUCAACAUCCCGUGAGACCUCCACGUCCGAGUCCACGUCCACCUCAUCCAGCUCGAGCAGCGUUACAGAUACAUCGACCAGCACUUCCACAACUCGUUCGACAUCUUCGAGCUCAACCUCAACCUCCAGCUCAACCAGUGCAUCUUCCACCAGCACAUCUAGCUCGACCACGGCGACCUCGACCUCAACUUCGACGAGUACCAGCACGUCCUCCUCGACGUCUAGCAGCACGUCUACAAGCACCUCGACGUCUAGUAGCACGUCCACCUCCACCAGCUCUUCCAUCGAUGCCUGUGAGCAGGCCCGGUUUUUCAACACGGCUGAAAACGGUUGGCGCCGCUUGAAUGGUGUGGAGUAUCGAUUUUUCCCCGACCAACGGACCUUUGACGGCGCCAGGAGUGCUUGUGCUACCCAAAAUGCAACUCUGGCUAUUCUCGACACUCGCGAUGCGGCUGAUCUCAUCACCUGCCUUUCGCAAGAGUUUACCACUAGGGCAGCCUACGUCGGCUUGUGCAUAGUGGAUGGGAUGGCACGCAGCAUCGAUGGGGCACCCACCUAUAGCAAAAUCGAGGAGUAUUUCACUCCCGAAUCACCCACGACUUCGAAUGGAUGCUUCCAAUAUCGCGUUGGUGCAGGUCUCAUGGAUGUGCAAACAUACCGCAGCCGAGCAUACGUGUGCCAACGAGCUGUCGUGUACACGACCAGUACUUCAUCGUCUACGUCCUCAAGCUCGAGUACGUCCACGAGCACGACCACGAGCAUCAGCAGUACCUCGACCUCAACCUCGACGGUUAGCUCCACGUCCAGCUCGACAUCCACGUCCAGCUCGACAUCCACGUCCAGCUCGACGUCAACUUCGACCUCGACCUCCACUUCGACCUCGACGUCAACUUCGACCUCAACCUCAACUUCGACCAGUACGAGUAGCUCGACCAGUACGUCAACAUCGACUAGCUCGUCUUCUUCGACCAGCUCCAGCACCUCCAGCACGGCGACUUCCACCUCCACCUCCACCUCCACGAGCUUGGUGGCAGGCGCCGAUGAGGGCGGCUUUGUCCGAUUCGCCAACAUCCCCGAGGCCAAAUUCCGGCUCUAUGCAAGCGAAUCACGCAGCUUUGCUGACGCCUUACUGUUCUGUCGCCAAGAGGGAGGUGAAUUGGCUCACGUGGCCAACGGCUUUGAGCUUGGGCGCUUGCUGAGCUUCUUCUCCCAGGAUGAUGAACGUACGCCAGAGGUCAUAGAGCCGGAGGUGAACCAGGCUUGGGUGGGCGUGCGAUACACAGAUGAGGACGACGACCUGUACAAUGCCAACGGCGAACCUUUGGUCAACUCACAGCAGGUUCUGGCCGAUUACCAUGCGCCCGGACAGUCACCCCGGGCCUUACGCGACGACUGCGUCCUGCUCAAUUUGAACAAUGAGAAUACGGGCAGCAUUUCCCCACGUCACUUCCACCAGCACCUCCAGCUCCACGGCCACCUCGUCCAGCACAUCCUCCAGCACCUCAAGCUCCACGUCAACCACAGGGACCAGCAGCUCGACAUCAACGAGUUCGUCCACUUCUACAAGUACGUCCACCUCGUCUUCGACCUCGACCAACACGGAGCGCAGCUCAUCUACGUCUACGAGCCCGUCGACGUCGUCAUCGCCCUCCACGUCGUCGUCCCCCUCCACGUCAAGCAGCAGCUUCUUCAGCUCGAGCAGCAGCUCUUCGACCUCAACUUCGUCGCAAACAUCCACUUCCACCAGCGUGACCACCAUCUCGAGUUCCUCAACCUCCACUUCAAUCAGUUCCACCUCGACCUCCACCUCCACCUCUACCAGCACCUCGACUGCCGAAGGUUUGUCUAUCCCGAUGUUGUUCGUUGGCCUGGGUCAAUCAUGGUUCUGUGUGUGGCCGUGGCUUGGCGUCUCAUCCUGCCCUGUUUGGCCUUUCUUACCCGCACGCCUGCUUUGGCACUCGUGCCUGCUGUUCUCUGUGAUUCUCGAUGGGCCGGGCGGCGCGUAGACUGGUUUCGCUUUGGUGACGACGGCUUUGAAUAUCGUUUCUUCGACAGUAAAGUGCCAUAUAGCGCGGCGCUGCAGCAGUGCAGUGGACGCGAGCGCCCCGCAGUCUUGCUGACCGUCACCACGCAAGAAGAGGUCAACAUGUUGAGCUGCAUCUUUCCGACCGCUACCUCGCGUGUGGCCAUGUGGGUUAACGGUCGGCUUUCUUCGGCCGAUCCCAAUACGCUCACGUAUUCGGACGAGUCGGUGCCGCUCUCGCCCUUGCCGUUCCAGGCCGGCCAGCCAUCCAUCACGGGUGACAGCUGCCUCGCUUAUUCGCUGCAGGGAGAGCAGGGCUUUUUUGAUUUGCCUUGCAAUCGCAACCGCGUUUUUGCGUGUAAGCGCCCCUUUGAACUCCACAUCCAGCUCGACCUCGACCUCGACCUCCUCUUCCACGUCGACAUCUACCAGCUCCAGUUCAUCGACGUCCACCUCGACCUCGACCUCGACAUCUACGUCCACCUCGACAUCCACGUCAACGUCAACCCAGACUUCGACCUCAACCAGCACCAGCACCAGCUCGUCUUCGAGCACGUCGACCUCGACCUCGACUUCAACCUCGAGCUCCAGCUCCACAUCCAGCUCCAGCUCAACAUCCACCAGUACGUCCACGGCCACGUCGACCUCGACCAGCACGUCGACCAGCUCGUCAACAUCCACUUCAACCUCCUCCCAGACAUCAACGUCCACAAGCACAUCCACGAGCACGUCAACCAGCACCUCCACCCCUUGACGGUGUUGAAUGCCGACUUUUCAAGCCGGGAUGGUUCGAAGCUCAACGUUUGGAGUGUCGAGUCGGGCUACGUGUACCCCUACUCCCCGACUUCAAGCGAGUUUGAGCCGGGGCAAACAGCACCAGGCGUGACCUUGGCAGCGAUGAUUCCCGAUGAGGCUAACCGCGCGGUUUUUCAGCAAGCGCCAACAGGCCGAGUACAGCCCGAGGCUGCUUACUCCAUUCGCGUGCGCGCGGGUCGUCGCCGUGAUUUCUUGCCUCUCGGCUCACUCAACAUUCGCUUGAUCAGCACGGGGACAGCAGCCACCAUCCACGAGGUAACGCUGGAUUUGUCCGGUAUUGCAUCGGGCUACUUCCAGACCUUGAGCAGCAACUUUAGCGUGAGUCGUACGGACGCCGUAGCCUAUUCCACCGUCCUCUUGCGGCUCGAGUAUCAGGGCCAACUGGCACACCUGGACUUUGUGGACAUUGUCACGGCCUUUGAUGGGACUGUGGAAGUGACCCCUUCAACGACGACCACGACGCUGGCUACAACCCCAGCGAGAACCUCAGAUCCGACGGCAACCACCACCUUGCCCGUUGGUACCACUUCGCCAACUGCCCCUGCCACGGCCACCACGGCCACCACGACCACUAUCACCACGAUUGCGACGUCCAACCCGACUGCGACGCCGACCUCAAGCAGUGAAACCACGACGGCGCCCGCGACGACGCCCGUGUUUACUUCCACAACCACUGCCAGUCCGGUCGCUGGGUUGGUCAAUCCGUCCUUUGAGGAAAGCGACGAGGCGAUGCGGCCCCUUGCAUGGAUCACGUCGCAAAACGCCCAGGUUGUGGAGGCCAGCGCUCUCAACUUUGUUGGGGGCUACCCCGCGCCUGCCAGUGGCGAGUAUGCCCUCUUGCUCUUCUCGACGGGCGCCGUCGAUUUCGCGCGCCAAACGGUCCAAAACUAUACGAUCCAGGAGGAUGGCACCCUCGCCGCUACGGUGAGCUUGGGCCGCUCCAGUCUCGUGGCCAGCACGGCUUCGAUCAGCCUGCGCUUUUUGGCACAACCUAGUGGGGCGGUCGCCGGCGAGAUGGUGGUGCCUGCUGCUUCCAUCCCCAGCGACGCCUUUGCAACCUUUACCGUGCGCGCCACUGGCAUCACUUCGGGCGACCUUGGUGGCGCCGUGGCUGUCGAAAUCGUGUUGCCAUCGCAGGGGUUUGUCCUCUGCGAUAACGUUCAGGUCACGGAGGAGGCAACGCUCACGACCGUGGUGGACGAUAGCAGCACGUUGGCGCCAUCAGGGCAGGCCGGAAACAGCACUCGGCGUUCCUUUGCCAUCGAUCUCAACAACUGGAACUUUGAGGCCGAGUCUGUCAUCAACUCAGCGUCGGCCAAUUCGGGCAACAUUCCCGGGUUUGUGCAAAGCGGUGCGACCGGGACCUUCCGCCCACCUGCCGCGGCGUUUUUGCGCGAUAGCCUGGACCGCCUGCAGGCACCUGCAAGCCAAUAUCAAGCCGCCUACAUGAAGGCGAGCGGUGUUUUGAGCCAGACCGUGCCUCGGCCGCUUUUGGCAGGCGACGCAUACACGUGCACCGUCGCCGUGGGUGUGCGAGCUGACCGCACGUUCCCCGUGCCAUCUCGGUUCGAGUUGCAGCUGCGUGUCGGGCCCAAGGUGCUUGCUGCGGUAUCCAUGGACCCGAGCGGCAUCCCAGCUGGCUACUUCUCAGACAUUGUGCUCUCCUACACCGUUCCAGAGGCCUUGAGCAAUCUGGGCCAAGAGGCAACACUGGAGCUGCUGGCCUCAACGGGUGCGUCAAACGCUCAACUGGCCGUGGACAAUGUUCGCGUGCAAGUCGAGUCAGCGAUUGGCCCCGAUGACCUGGAUUUCGUGUUUGGCAAUGCUGUCCAAGCCACACACGCCCUUUCGUACGACGGCUCGGCGUCAGCCUAUACUGAAUUCCAAUAUGAGAUGGGGUUUGAGCGCAACGAGCUUGAGCUGAGUUUCCGCACUGCCGAGCAGCAGGGAAUUUUGCUGUUUGCGCCUCCGGAACACGGCCACGCCGACUAUUUGUUGGUGGCCGUUCAGAAUGGCGUUGUGCAGGCUUUCUUGGAGACUGGUUCGGGUUCACGCAUGAUCAUCAGUGAUAUCUUCGUGGCCGACAAUGAAUGGCACGACGUGGUCCUGAUGCGCGUGGGCACCAGCCUCAUGUUAAGCAUUGACAGCUUCCAAUUUUCGGCGAGCUUUGCGGGGUUGGAGACGGAAUUGGAUGUGUCCGGCCAAGUGUUUGUGGGCGGCCUGACGGCAGCAGCUGCAGACAAUCUGACUCUGCCUGUGAUGAACUCGUUGCAUGGGUGUAUUUCGGGCGUGGUGCUUGAUGGCAUGCAACUCUCCCCCGCCACGCCGGGUAUCUUGGUGCAGCAGGGCCUGGGCGUGGGCUUGUGCGAAGCGCUGGCCUUUACCGGGUACUCGCAGGUGACCCUCGGUGGGUCAGCCAUCCUCCAAAGUCGAACACAAAUUACAUGUGAGGUGCAGUUUUCGGCAACCGCUUCAGCGGGUAUUGUGUUCAGCACUGGUUCGGAAACCGGAACAAACCGCGACUUUGUGGUUUUGGCCAUUGUCUCGGGCAAGCUGCAGCUCUACGUGAAGCGAGGCUCCCUCGCCACGGUUCUUGUCAGUACCGUGACAGUCGCCGACAGCGACAAUCACACAGCCAGCUUCGGCGUAACAGCCAGCGCCAUCAGCUUGGAGGUGGAUGGCACGGUUGUCACCACGAGCUUCUCCGGCUCCACUGUUACCCUGCAGCUGCCCGAGACCAGCUUUGUGGGCCACAUGCCCGGUGACUUUGUGUCCUCGGCUGUUUUGCAGCAGCUGGAUUUACCAGGCUUGAAGGGUUGCGUUUCGGCCUUAGUGCUCGAUGGUGCAGACGCCUUUGCCAGUCUUGGUGUGGCCCAGCAGCGCUAUGUCACGGCAUGUUAA